AUGCCCUUUCAGAACACGGAAAAAUUUAGGACUGCGGUCGCAUUGAUGAAUUCAAUUGAUCCACCACAACUCUUCUUUAAACUUCUGAAUCAUAUUUUGUUGAAACACAAAGCAUCGGAAGGAGCCUCUUUCACGGAGCAAGAAAGAGAACGUCUCUUGGAGACAUUUCCAAUGAUCAAGAAUGAUAAACAACUUGUACUACUCAUUGAUGGCUGCAGCUAUGUAUUUGAACAAGCUCUCUAUAAUACUCUCAAUCCCGAGAAACUUUUCCAAGAAUUGAUUGAUUCCCAGAGUGGAAUUUCUGAAACACAUGCUCAAGCAUUCCAAGAAGUGUGGAGAAAACAGGGACGAGAAUACAUGAAUAGCGCCAAAGAACAUACUUUGGGUGGACCUGUGAAAUUGGAUCACUUUGAUUGGCGUUUACAAAUGCAAAUAUCUGAAUCUGAUCUGUCCAAAAUGAAAAUACCAAACGUUCUCUUUGAAUUUACAACAUUGGAUUAUCAAAAGGAUCGCGAAACGAACAAACCAAAAGAAGAAAAUAUUGUGGUGGAAUUUACACGAGAGGAGCUUUAUGGAUUUUUCACCAAAUUAGAGGCUAUCCAAAAUCAAUUGGAUAAACUUUCUUAG